AUGAGGCGGCACACCUUCACCUUUUCCAUACUCCUUGUUGUCUCCUCCAUCCUGUUGCUCUUCAGCUGCCAGGCCCGAGGCCACCGGCUGGCCCCGUCGGCGACGCAUCUCCGCCGACGCAUCUCCGGCGAGAGGGAGCUCGGGGGCUCGAAGAGGUACGAGGGAUCCUCGGAGCUGGUGCAUAUGCGGUACCACAUGGGUCCGGUUCUCUCCGCACCCAUCAGAAUCUACCUCAUCUGGUACGGCCGAUGGAGGCCGGCGCAGCAGUCCACCAUCCGGGACUUCCUCCACUCCAUCUCCGACGCCUCCUCCACCUCCCCCUCCGUCCACGAAUGGUGGUCCACUGCCGCCCUCUACAGGGACCAGACCGGCGCCAACGUGACGCGCUCGGUCUCCAUCGCCGGGGAGACCUCAGACCCACUCUGCUCCCGCGGCAGCUCCCUCACCCGCCUGGACAUUCAGCGGGUGAUCGCCGACGCCGUCGCCGGCCGCCGUGGGGACGACGGCGGCGUGUACCUCGUCCUCACCGCCGCGGAGGUCGCCAUGCAGGACUUCUGCCGGGCCGUGUGCGGCUUCCACUACUUCACCUUCCCCUCCAUCACCGGACGCACGCUGCCCUACGCCUGGGUCGGUAACAGCGGCGACCAGUGCCCAUCUAUGUGCGCGUACCCCUUCGUCGUGCCGGAGUACAUGGUCGGCACGGCGGCGAUGGCCCCGCCCAACGAGGACGCCGGCGUGGACGGCAUGGUGAGCGUGAUCGGGCACGAGCUAGCGGAGCUCUCGACGGACCCGCUGGUGAACUCCUGGUACGCCGGGGAGGACCCGACGGCGCCGACCGAGAUCGCGGACCUCUGCGAGGGAAUCUACGGGACCGGCGGCGGCGGGGGGUACGCGGGCCAGGUGAUGACCGACGGCGCCGGGAGGAAGUUCAACGUCAACGGGCGGGCCGGGAGGAGGUUCUUGGUGCAGUGGCUGUGGAGCCCCAUCUUGAACGCCUGCGCCGGCCCCAACGCCAUCGACUGA